CUCACAGAUGUCAGUUCCAGAUGAUUUCUAUCAACUUUGACAGCGCAAAAGUGGAAGGUGUCAAGUUGAGAGAAGAAAAGAGGAAAACAAAACAUCUCAAAACCAAAAAGCGUAUUACCUGGUAUUAACUUAUGUUCACCAUGUCUGAUGACCAUGACCAAGGCCAAGGAGUUACAGACUCACCGAAAAAAGGCCCAACAUUGUCAACAUCAACAUCUAGUUUUGAAGCACUAGAUCCUCAUGAUCCAAAUUUGAGUAAACUGGCAAAUACAAUGUUUAGCAAAACAUCUGAUUAUUUAUUUGGGGAACUAACAUCAACGUUAGAUGAUUAUGGUCUAUUGGAAAAUAUGAAUAGAGCUGUAAUAACAAAAUACUGUGAUAUGAAACAUCUAGCUGUUAAUGUUAAGAAAAGUAUGACAGAACUACAGGAGAAAUGGGCUUUUCAGUGGAUUAGUGAGUUCCCAGACUGCUCUUAAGGACGUUUUUGCUUUUCACCAUCAAGUUUAAGCUAACUGGAACCAUAAUUGUGGUGGAUAAAUGAAAACAGACAUUAACACAAGAUUGUCACUUCUAUCUGCUUGUCACUGCUUACCCAGGCAUUUAUGACCUGCUGGUCAAAAGGAGUAUGUGAAUGUUGCACACUGGCAUUUAUUUUGAUAGGGAGCAAAUGAGAUGUGACUACACAAUAGUCAAUCCAAAGUAAUUAUGAAGUUAGCCCAUGUCUCUAGGUAAGAGCUGAAAGCUCCUAUUACAGUUUUUGAAGAAGGGAGGGCUGCUUACUUAGGCAGCACCUUUGAUAGUAAAUGCCUUUGUAAGAAAAUUUAAGAGCAGGGAGUGGGAUAGGUCUGGGUGGGGGGUUCGCACGUCUCACAAUUAAAACAGCAAUAUAUAUCAUUUUCUUAAAAAAAGGCCAGACUUGGGCAUCUAGGGGGAACCCUCUAAAUCCAUCAUUGUUGGUGAACAAGUCUGGGUUCUCAAAAAGUGCAUGUGAGCUUAUGGCAUCAUACCUAACCUUAAGGCCGCAGCAGAUUAAAGUUGUUAAGCAUUUAUCAAAGAUGAACAUAAUAACAUCUGGGGUGCCCCAGGGCAGUUAAUCUUGGGCCUCUAUUAUUCAUAUUUUUUCUGAAUGAUUUGCCAAACCGUGUAAAAUAUGCCAAAUGUCUCAUAUUAGCUGAUGAUUUUAAAAUAUACAAUCAUAUAACUUGCCUUUUUGUAUUGAUUGAUUAAUUGUAUUGAGAUGCAAAUUGAUUUAAGUUAAGUAUCCCAGUAGUUCAAGGAAAAUAAAAUGUUGAAUAUUGCCAAAUGUAGUUUAACUUUUACAUGAAAAGCACAAUUUAUAGAUUUUAAUUACAAAAUUGAUAAAUUAUUGCUAAGUAGGAAAAGUGAAUGUAUUCUUUGCUGUUCCUAGGAUCAACUU